CCCCCACCUGCUGCACGUAGGUGUGGGGCGGGGCCGCCUCGGCUGGGCGGGGUAGGCGGGGCGGGGCAGGCGGAGCCGUCCUACCUUCCUAUCCCCGGACUCCAACCCGGAACUAACCUCGGCUCUCUUGGGAAGGCCGCAUUGCAUGGCCAGGAGCCUCAGUCUGGGCCGCGAGUGCGGGACACCGAGGUCAGGUCUUGGAAAGAGGGAGGACCUCCUCGUCCCCAGGGGCCCCAGGCCAGGUGCGCCCUUGGCCGCAGGUGCACCGUCUCCGAAAAGUGCAGGUGCCCACACCCCGGCUGGACCAUGACGCCUCAGCGGAACGUGGUGAAGAUUGCCAUCCAGAUGCGUGAUGCCAUCCCGCAGCUCAUCCAGCUGGACCAGGUCACCUGUCUGGUCCCGCCUCCAUCUGCCCCGCAGCCCCACCUCCCGGCGAAGCCCCUGGCCGCUGUGCUGAAGGAGGUGUGCGACGUGUGGAGCCUGACGCACUCUGAGCGCUACGCCCUGCAGUUUGCGGAUGGGCAUAGGAGAUACAUCACUGAGAAUAACCGCGCGGAGAUCAAGAAUGGCAGCAUCCUAUGCCUCAGCACGGCCCCAGACCUUGAGGCUGAGCAGCUCUUGGGUGGGCUGCAGAGUGACAGUCGUGAAGGGCGCCGGGAAGCCCUGAGGCACCUCGUCCCUCUGGCCUCGGACAUGACCUUUGCCAGGGAGGUCAUCAGCCGUAAUGGGCUCCAGAGACUAGGCACCAUCAUUGAGGAUGGGGAUGACCUAGGAGAGGUGCUGGCCCUCAGCCUGAGGGCCUUCUUGGAGCUCAUGGAGCAUGGCGUGGUGUCCUGGGAGACACUGAGCAUCCCCUUUGUGAGGAAGGUGGUGUGCUAUGUGAACAUGAACCUCAUGGACGCCUCCGUGCCACCCCUAGCCCUUGGGCUGCUGGAGAGUGUGACCUUGAGCAGCCCAGCCCUGGGCCAGCUGGUCAAGAGCGAGGUGCCCUUGGAUAGGCUGCUGGUGCACCUACAGGUGAUGAACCAGCAGCUGCAAACCAAGGCCAUGGCCCUGCUGACAGCCUUGCUGCAGGGGGCCAGCCCUGUAGAACGCAAGCACAUGCUUGACUAUCUCUGGCAGAGGAACCUUCGCCAGUUCAUCUAUAAGAACAUCAUCCACAGUGCAGCACCAAUGGGCGACGAGAUGGCUCAUCACCUGUAUGUACUGCAGGCCCUCAUGCUGGGGCUGCUGGAGCCGCGUAUGCGGACGCCCCUGGACCCCUACAGCCAGGAGCAGCGGGAGCAGCUGCAAGUCCUACGCCAGGCUGCCUUCGAGGCGGAGGGGGAGUCCUCGGGUACUGGGCUGAGUGCUGACCGUCGCCGUUCCCUCUGUGCCCGAGAGUUCCGCAAACUGGGCUUCUCUAACAGCAACCCAGCGCAGGACCUGGAGCGUGUGCCCCCCGGUCUACUGGCCCUGGACAACAUGUUGUACUUCUCCAGAAAUGCACCCAGCGCGUACAGCCGGUUUGUGUUAGAGAACAGCAGCCGCGAGGACAAGCACGAGUGCCCCUUUGCCCGGGGCAGUAUCCAGCUGACAGUGCUGCUGUGUGAGCUGCUCCACGUUGGGGAGCCCUGCUCUGAGACAGCCCAGGACUUCUCGCCCAUGUUCUUCGGCCAAGACCAGAGCUUCCACGAGCUCUUCUGUGUGGGUAUCCAGCUGUUGAAUAAGACCUGGAAGGAGAUGCGGGCUACACAGGAGGACUUCGACAAGGUAAUGCAGGUGGUGCGGGAGCAGCUGGCCCGCACUCUGGCCCUGAAGCCCACCUCCCUGGAGCUCUUCCGAACCAAGGUGAAUGCGCUCACUUACGGGGAGGUGCUGCGGCUGCGGCAGACCGAACGGCUGCACCAGGAGGGCACACUGGCUCCCCCUAUACUGGAGCUGCGGGAGAAGCUGAAGCCAGAGCUCAUGGGCCUGAUCCGCCAGCAGCGCUUGCUCCACCUCUGUGAGGGGACGCUCUUCCGCAAGAUCAGCAGCCGGCGGCGCCAGGACAAGCUGUGGUUCUGCUGCCUGUCCCCCAACCACAAGCUGCUGCAGUACGGAGACAUGGAGGAGGGGGCCAGCCCGCCUACCCUGGAGAGUCUACCCGAGCAGCUCCCUGUGGCCGACAUGAGGGCACUCCUGACAGGCAAGGACUGCCCCCAUGUCCGGGAGAAGGGCUCCGGGAAGCAGAGCAAGGACCUCUAUGAGUUGGCCUUCUCGAUCAGCUAUGACCGCGGGGAGGAGGAGGCGUACCUCAACUUCAUUGCCCCCUCCAAGCGGGAGUUCUACCUGUGGACAGAUGGGCUCAGUGCCUUGCUGGGCAGUCCCAUGGGCAGCGAGCAGACACGGCUGGACCUGGAGCAGCUGCUGACCAUGGAGACCAAGCUGCGUCUGCUGGAGCUGGAGAACGUGCCCAUCCCUGAGCGGCCACCCCCUGUGCCCCCACCCCCCACCAACUUCAACUUCUGCUAUGACUGCAGCAUCGCUGAACCUUGACAAUGUGGCUGGCCACGGGCCACAGCUGCGGCCACUGCAGCAGCCAUGAAGGAUGGAGGGUAGAGGAGUGCAGGCACCCUGGCCAGCAGAGAUUGCUGCAGAAAUAAAGUCUGCUUGGCUUUUGGGAUA